AUGGCCUCCAAGGUCUUGCAGAACAACACCAACAGCAGCUGGAUGAAAGAUCCAGGGCUACGGAGACUAAACCUGGGGAUCGGGUUUAUGUUAUCUGCAUCGGCUACAGCCGGAUAUUGUGCUAGCAUGAUCAAUGGCCUCCUGGUGCUUCCCGAAUUCUCAAAGUUUUUGGAUGGUCUUGACACAAAUGAGAGAGGCCUUAUUAUUGCAGCUGUCUCGCUGGGAUCAUUUUGCGCGUUCAUCCCCGGAUCUUACAUUGCCGACAAUCUGGGGCGGAGGAUCUGCGUCCUCAUCGGUUCCUCGCUAGUGAUCAUCGCCUCAAUUAUUCAAGUCGCCACAAACAACAAUUGGGUCUUUUUCGCCGCCCGUAUUCUAGCUGGAAUGGGGGUUGGAGUUUCGCAAACUGCCGCGCCUUUGCUCAUCACUGAAUCGUCACAUCCACGCCAGCGACAGGCCUUCACGGGUCUCUACAAUGCACUUUGGUUCAUUGGGUCGAUCACAUCGGCUGCUAUUGGUUUUGCUGGACUCACGAUUCUAGGGAGUUGGUCAUGGAAACUCCCCUGCUUAACGCAGGUGUUUUAUCCGGUCCUUCAAUUGGUAGGGCUUUGCUUUGUUCCCGAGAGUCCAAGAUGGUUGGUGUCUCGGGGCAGGAAAGAGGAGGGAAUGGCUAUAUUAGCAAGAUACCACGCCAAUGGAGAUAGACACGACGAACUUGUUCAAGACGAAUUCUACCAGAUUUGCAAGAGCAUCAACGCGGAAUCUGAUAAGAGCUGCCGGCGCUGGAGCACUUUCUUCACUACCCGGAGCAACUUGCAUCGUCUAUCCAUUUGUGUUAUCCUGGGAUUCAUGCAAGAGUGGUCUGGAAAUGGCGUUGUUUCAUAUUAUCUAGCACCGAUUCUAGAAUCAGUCGGUAUAUAUAAUGCAUCUUACCAGGCCGCCAUCAAUAUAAGCAUGCAGGUGUGGAACCUGGCAUUUGCGGUCUGCGGAGCAAUGGCUGCAGACCGAUACGGACGACGAAAACUCUGGCUAAUCGCAACAUUGUUGAUGUUCAUCUAUCUAUCCGCCGCAACGGCUAUGUCUGGUCUCUUUCAAGAGCUUCAUGUGCUGGAAGCUGGCAUUGCGGUGGUUCCUAUGCUAUUCCUCUUUUGCAGCGCUUACGAUAUGGCAUAUAUGCCCUUGUUUAUUGCAUACCCAGCUGAAAUACUGCCAUUCCAACUUCGCGCCAAGGGUCUUGCCAUCACUCUGACCACCGAUUCGAUGGCUUGCUUCUUCAAUCAGUUUAUAAACCCGAUCGCACUGGGGGCAAUCCACUGGAGAUACUUCACGGUGUAUCUGGGUUGUCUGGUGAUUUUCGGGGCGACGAUCUACUUCCUCUUCCCGGAGACUAAAGGUCUAUCUCUAGAGGAGGUGGCGCGGAUCUUUGAAAAGGGGAGGACUUACCACGUGGAGACGCCCUCUGAUAUUUCGCGAGAGAUGCUCUCCUUCGAUAAGAAGGGUAGCACCUCAUCGUGA